AUGUAUUGUUUACCUCCAAUAAAAUAUGAGAGCAACACCGAAGGUCAAACCCUGGAGAUUAACCUUAACAUAUCGGGUGGAGUUACUGGAGACAAUUGUCCAAACGAAUACCUAAAUCAUAAGAGACUUCUGACAGAACCGAGGGAAGGUCACCCAUGGUUUAUGAGAACAACAACGAGAAGGAGGACCGGUAUCAGUAGACCUCUCUUCAGCACAGACUUGGAUGAAGAAAUCACUGAAAAUAAAUCACCUCCAUCAAACCGUAUUGGUGAAACAACCAGGGCCGGGAAUAAAACUUACACUAACCGUAGGUGGAAUGUCUCACACUUCAAGUCUGUAGCUCUCUCGGUCUAUCAUGAUGCGAUUCAAAUCAUCACUGACGUCAAAUGCAAGAUCCACGAUCACUUUGCUAUUUUCGAAGACAAUUUUCAUGGAUUGCUCAUUGACUGCUACGACAAAGUUCAGACGAAAAAAGCAGUAAUAGACCGUGGGUGGAAUGUCUCACACUUCAAGUCUGUAGCUCUCUCGGUCUAUCAUGAUGCGAUUCAAAUCAUCACUGACGUCAAAUGGAAGAUCCACGAUCACUUUGCUAUUUUCGGAGACAAUUUUCAUGGAUUGCUCAUUGACUGCUAUGACAAAGUUCAGACGAAAAAAGCAGUAAUAGCUCAUAAAUUUUUAGAGGCUAUCGAAGGCAGCAAGAAGUCUGCAGAAAGAGCAUUCAGGUCAUUCAAGGACGGGCUUGUGGAACACAUUGACAAUGGCAUCGCUCGAGUGCGCCUCUACUUCGUUCCUGAGUCUCCCGUGGAACGAAAGUGCAAAGGAUAUUCCAACUGGUACGCAAAGAGCGCGUGCACGCUUUUGUUCCAAGCUGCUGAAUACCCUCCACAACUUGUCUCCACUCUGGCGGAAGGAUACGACAGAUUUUUCGAAGUUACCAUAAGGCUCUUCGUGCGUGAGACGCACAAAGAUAAGGUCUGCAAAGGCUACGACACCGUGCCGUUCCUUCGGAAAGUCUGUGAGACAGGAUUUGAUGUGGCGUCAACGGCGAACGAAAUCCUAGAGAACGCCCAAGAAUUCCUCAGUAAAUGUAUUGCACAGCCAGCCUUGGACUUUACCCAGACGGUCAUCGCAUCUAUAACAGACUGUGUAUGGAAAGUUAAAGAGGGGUUUGCAAGAGCCUGCCACAAUGGGAUGAACCUGGGAAAUAAAAUUACAACUUACCUGUAUCAGGGCUUGGACGUCGAAGCGGCUAAAGCACUUCUCUAUUCUGUGUUGAAGAAGGCUGCAUACAAGGUCCAUGACGUCUACGUACGUCUUCCCCGCUUCAAUGGUGAUCCCAUACAUGAUGGGCUGGUGGUUGUAGCCUGGGUGGUGUGUGCCCUAGCCCAGGGGUUGGUGGUCUACUGGGCCAGGAGGAAGAUCAGUCUAGAUAACAACGUAAGAAAGGCCCGUCAAAUGCGAGUUCGUUUCUCCCAUCCCACCUCAUCAGAAGAUUACUAUGACAGGAUUGCGAGACUUAUUAGA